AUGGCGACAACACCGAGGGAAGAGGCCGCAGAGGUCGACUUCAGAAACGCGAAUACCAUUGCGCCGACGGACGCGCCGAAGCGCUCGCCGUGGAAGGCAUGGAUGUACCUCUGGGAGUGGUAUCCCGCGCACUAUCCUGAGGAGGAGCGCGCGCUUUUGCGGAAACUCGACGCCUGUCUCCUCACCUUUUGCUCGUUCAUGUUCUUCCUCAAAUGGCUCGACUCCUCCAACAUCAACAACGCCUUCGUCUCAGGCAUGAAAGAAGAGCUCAAUCUCUACGGCAACCAGUACUCUCUCUUCGGCACCUUCUACAACGUCGGCUACCUCGUGUGCCAGAUCCCGUCCCUGCUCAUCCUCUCACGCCCCUCCCUCGCCCGCUGGUACCUCCCCACCAUGGAAGUGCUCUGGUCCAUCGUCACAUUCAGCCAGUCCCAGAUGCGCAACGAGCACGACAUCUAUGGCACGCGGUUCCUGCUCGGACUCCUCGAGACCCCUGUCGCGAGCGGGACUACGUAUGUGCUGGGAAGCUGGUACCGACCCGAGGAAGUUUUCAAACGAACAGGCGUGUGGUACGUCUCCAACAACAUCGCCGUGAUGUUCGGUGGGUACCUCCAGAAAGCCGCGUACGAGAAUCUGAACGGUGUUGGUGGCAUGGCAGGAUGGCGAUGGCUGUUUAUCAUUGAUGGCAUCAUAAGCCUGCCGAUUGCGAUUGCGGGAUUUUUCAUCUUUCCAGGGCUGCCGAGUAGCAAGAAGCCGUGGUGGUUGACGGAAGACCAGCACGCGCUUGCUAUCAAGCGCGUGCGCGAUAUCGGCAUCGAAGACAGCAAAAAGCUGAACUGGAGCGUCUUCAAGCGCACGCUGAGGCGCUGGGAGUUCUACGUUGGGGUUGCCGCGUACACUUUCUUCCUCUCGAGUUCGUACCCCCAUGGCCAAAUGGCCCUCUGGCUCAAAGACCUCGCCACAAAAUACAACGCCUACACCGUCGGCCAAAUCAACGUCAUCCCCACCGGCGCGCAGGGCGUUUCCGUAUUCGCCGCCCUCCUCGCCACCUCCCUCUGCAUGAUCUACCCCCUCUGGACCGUCUUCAGCGUCGUGCAGGCUAUCUUCCUUUUCGCAAACAUCUGUCUGCUCGUCUGGGACAUCCCGAAAGGCCUCCACUUCGCGUCGUACUACCUGCUCGGGGUGUCCGCCGCUGUCACACCUAUACUCAUGCCGUUCAUCAAUGUUGCGCUGAGGGAUGAUGCGGAGGCGAGGGCAAUUACUAUUGGGGCUAUGUUGACGAGUGGGUGGGCGAUUUUCUCUUUUUAUCCGGUGGUGGUGUUUCCACAAGUGGAGGCGCCCAAGUGGCGGAAGGGGUAUAGUGUUAAUAUUGCGUUUAUAUUUGGGUGCUGGUUUUUCUUUAUGUUGAGUCAGUGGCUGUAUCGGAGGGAUGAGAAGAAGAGAGAGAGGAAGGCGGUGGAGAGACUUGCAAGGGAUGAUGAAGAAGUACUGAGUGCGAAGGGGGCGGGCGACGUGGUAGAGCAUGUUGAGGAGAGAAAGUCGGAGUAG